AAUCUCCCUUAAAAAGGUGUGCUCUAUGUCAGGUUGGGCAGAAGUCACCUCAGUCUGAUACUUCUUUGUUACAGCAAACAAUCAUGGCAUUUAAUGGUAUAUGGAAAGUAGAAAAGAGUGAAAACUAUGAGAAGUUCAUGGAGGUGCUGGGUGUCAAUUUAGUGAAGAGAAAGCUAGGAGCCCAUGACAACCUCAAGCUCACUAUCCAACAAGAGGGAAACCAGUUCACUAUCAAAGAAUCAAGCAAUUUCCGCACCAUAGAUAUAGUGUUCACACUGGGAGUAGACUUUGACUACAGUUUAGCUGAUGGAACGGAGCUCCACGGUAACUGGAUCAUAGAAGAUGGUAAGCUUGUAGCCAUAUUCAAAAGGAAAGAUAAUGGAAAGGAACUUAAGGCUUUCAGAGAAAUCGUAGGAGAGGAACUGGUUCAGACUUACAUCUAUGAAGGUGUCACAGCUAAGAGAAUCUUCAAGAAAGCUUGAACAGGACUGAAACAUGAUGGACAAAUUACCAUACAU